AUGGCCAUCACACUUCAUCAGAAUGGAGCAAAGGGAGAAAGAAGGAAGCUUCCCCACACCACGGUACAGAAACUCCUGAGCUGGGGGCUGCCUGUCCCCUGCAGCCGUUUCCUGCAGCGACAGCCGCGCACGUUUCCCGUUGCCGCCUUCCUGCUGGGCGCAAGCACCGGAGGGCUCCUGGCCAUGGGUCUGUUUCAGCUCCUGGUGAACCCCAUGGACAUCUAUGAGGGUCAGAAGAUGGUGGCGUUGUACGGCGUGGUGGGCUUGGGAGCUGUGGGCUGGGGGACCUCCCCUCACAUCCGCUGUGCCAGCCUCCUGUUAGUGCCCAAGAUGCUGGGCAAAGAGGGCCGGCUCUUCGUGCUGGGGUACGCCUUGGCGGCCAUCUACGAGGGACCCGUGGCCAACCUGCGCUACAAUCUCAAUGAGGUGGUCGCGUCACUGGGCUGCACGGUGGAGCUGCAGGUCAACAACACCCGGGCGGCCUGGCACAUCUCCACGGCCCCGCUGCGUGCAGUGUUCAAGGACCUGCUGGGCAGCAAAAAUUCACUGCGAGCGGGGACUCAGAACAUCUCCAAGUCCUUCGAGGAGCUGGACGCCCAGGUGAAGAGUGACGCGGGGUUUGUGCCCGAGGAUGCGCCGGGCUCCGACCCCACGGCCCGCAGGCGGGCGAGCCAGCGAGCCCUUCCUCCCCAGCGGCGCGCACUGUCCACCCAGAAGAUGUAUGAGCUCAAGACCAAGCUGCGCUGCUCCUACGUGGUGGACCAGGCCAUUGCCAGCUGCCGCCGCUGGUUUGACCGGAAGCACCAGCAGUGCGUGCGGCGCAUCUGGGUCCCGCUGUUCCGGGACCUGCUCUGCCUGCCUAUGAAGUUCAAGUUCUUCUGCAGCAUCGCCAAGGUGACGGAGGUCUGGUGUCGCCGCCGAAUCCCCGUGGAGGGCAACUUUGGGCAGACCUACGACUCUCUCAACCAGUCUGUUCACGACCUGGACGGCGACUUCUCAGCCACUAUUGAGCUCAAGGAGGAGAAGCAGGCCGCGGUGGUGGGCGCCAACACCAGCUGGGAGCACGUGAGCACAGAGCUGCGGGACUACGUCCGCCGGCAGGAGGCCCAGCUGCAGUGGACGCUGGGGCUGCUGCACGCGCUCUUCUCCUGCACCUUCCUGCUGGUCCUGCACGCGUCCUUCUCCUACAUGGACAGUUACAACCGCGACAUUCGCUUUGACAACAUCUACAUUAGCACCUACUUCUGCCAGAUCGACGAGCGCAGGCAGCAGCUGGGCAAACGGACGCUGCUACCACUCCGCAAAGCCGAGGAGAAAACUGUCAUCUUCCCCUGCAAUCCCUCCGUGCAGGCCUCGGAAAUGAGAAACCUGGCGAGGGAGCUCGUGGAGACGGUGCCUGUUCUGCUGCUGCUGCUGCUGCUGUGCGGCCUGGACUGGGCCCUCUACUCCGUGUUCGACACCAUCCGCCACCACUCCUUCCUGCAGUACUCCUUCCGCAGCAGCCACAAACUGGAGGUGAAAGUCGGGGGGCGCUCCAUGCUGGCCCGGCUGCUUCGGAAGACCAUCGGGGCCCUGAACACGUCCUCGGAGACAGUGAUGGAGUCAAACAACAUGCCCUGCCUGCCCCAGCCCCUGAGCCUGGACGCCUGGGCUUAUGUGAGAGCGGCGCUCCCCAUCGGCCUGCUGCUCUGUCUCUGCCUGCUCCAAGCCUUCGCCUACAGGCUCCGGAGGGUCAUCGCCGCCUUCUACUUCCCCAAGCGGGAGAAGAAGCGGGUCCUGUUCCUCUACAACGAGCUCUUGAGGAAGAGGGCAGCAUUUACGCAGCUGAGGAGGGCUGCCAUCCUGAGGCGGGCGCGAGAGCAGAAGGCUCCGCGCCCCCGCCUGGCCGACGUCCUGCACCGCCGCUGCCCGCUCGCGCGCCGCUGGCUGCGCCGCCGCUGCGUCGUGUGCCAGGCGCCCGAGACGCCCGCGGCCUACGUGUGCCCGACGCCGGACUGCGCCGCCGUGUACUGCCGGCCGUGCUGGGACGACGUGCGGCGCCGGUGCCCGGCCUGCACCCCGCGCGAGGAGCUCUCGUCCUCCGCCUACAGCGACAGCAACGACGACGCCACCUACGCCGAGUGA